AUGACGGCCAGAAGUCCGAACAAAAACGACCCGAUUAUCAUCGUGGGUGCGGGAGCCUUUGGCCUGAGCACAGCUCUACACCUUGGCCGUCGUGGUUAUACCGAUGUGACUGUGUUCGACAAACAACCCUAUGAUGAGUCGCUGUAUUCAUACUUCAAUGGCUGUGAUGCAGCAUCUGCAGAUAUCAACAAGAUCAUCCGAGCGGUAUAUGGCAAGGAUGUAAUCUACCAGGAUAUAACUCUCGAGGCCGUGGAGGGCUGGAAUCAGUGGAACGCCGAGCUACAAAGCGGCCAGACGGUGCCUCCGGGCAUGACGACCUCAGACCGUGUCUGGGUCAAUAACGGACACUUAGUCAUGACUGAUGGUCCUGUAUUGCCUCCUUUCGAACAAGCCAGCCUCGAAUCAAUGCCCAAAAACACCCAACUUGUCACCACCAACGCACAGGACCAAGAACUGGCGAAGUCAGUCGGCCUCAACCUGGAGCCGUUCAAGAGACAAAACCCUAGCCGGCCGAAUGUCGGCCUCUUUGAUCGUACGGGUGGCAUGACAUAUGCUGACAAGGCCUGCCGCUUCGCGCUGCACAAGGCUCGCAGCUACGGUGCCAAGUUCGUCCUCGAUCCCGUAGCAGGUGAGCUCAAGGAGUUGCUGCGUGGCGACAAGGGCAAGGUAACCGGCAUCCGCACAGCGGAUGGCAAGACACACCACGCUUCCGUGGUCAUACUCGCAUGCGGUGGCUGGACGCCGUCAAUCCUACCGGCUCUUGACGGGCUGAACGAGGCCACAGCCGGCUCUGUGGCGCUGUUGAAGAUCCCCAAGGACUCGCCUCUCUACGACCAAUUCGCACCCAAAAACUUCCCCAGCUGGAUGCACAAGAUGCGCGACGGUCAUUCAGGCGGUCUAUACGGUUUCCCUCGAACGGACGACGGCUGGCUCAAGAUCGGCUACCGCGGCACGAAAUACACAAACCCUCAGGUACAAAGUGACGGGCGUGAACGCAGCGUACCCAUCACUCGGUGGACCAAAGAGGAAUCAAUCAAGGCAAUACCAAAACAAGCGCUGAGCGUGAUUCAGACUUUCCUUGACGAAUAUCUUCCAGAACUCGGAGAGGCAGGAAUCCACAUCUCCAUGACCCGCAUCUGCUGGUACAAUGAUAGUUUUGAUAACCACCUCACUGUGGACAGGGUUCCUGGUAUGGAUGGACUAAUGGUGGCUACCAGCGGCAGCGGCCAUGCCUUCAAGUACCUUCCCAGCCUCGGAAACUGGAUUGUUGAUGCGAUGGAGGGAGUUGGCAGCGAUAGACCAGCUAUCCAAGCUUGGAAAUGGAGGUCAUUAGGCGAACAGCAGAGUCCUAUCAAUGAGAUCAUGCAGGGUUCGAAGGGUCCCAGGGCCAUGGCAAAUAUAGCUUUGGUUACAGACUCCCGCCUCGGCCCAAGUGCUAAAUUGUAG